AAUAAAUCGAUAAUUUUCCAUUGAAAAAGAUUUUUAUUAGGCGCAAUAAAGAAUUGUGAAAAAAUGCAAUUGAAAUUUAUGAAAACUGUUGUUGAAGCACAGGAUUACCUGUACCGCGUGGCCGGCCUAGCAUGGUCACCGAAUAAUCAAAAACUUGCUGUAGCUACUGCCGAUCGCAUGAUCUUGCUUUUCGACGAAAAUGGUGAACGAAGGGAUAAGUUCUCCACUAAGCCAGGCGAUCCCAAUGCAGGGAAAAGCUCGUACGUUAUUCGCGGGAUAGCAUUCAGCCCAGACUCGAGCAGGUUGGCCGUGGCGCAAAGCGAUAACAUCGUUUACGUUUACAAGCUGGGCGAAUCAUGGAAUGAGAAGAAGGUCAUCUGCAAUAAAUUCCCCCAAGGCGGGGCAGUAACUUGCAUCACUUGGUUGUCUGGUGGAAUGAUCAUCGCUGGACUGGAGGACGGUAAAGUACGGUCGCUGCAUUGUAAGAACAACAAAUCUAAAACGCUUUAUGGGGCGGAGAGCUUUGUGGUGUCACUUGCCCCCAAUGCCAGAGGCACAGGACUGCUGUCUGGACAUGACGAUGGUUCAGUUAUUAAAUUCUACAUAAUUGAGGAACCGGGUGAGACUUCGGGAAGAAUUCUACAACAUCCUGUUUCUCCCGUGUCGUUGGCUUGGCCUCAAAGUGGCAUAUUGGUAGGAGGAUGCGAUAAAAAGAUUUGCUUCUAUGAUACCAUCGGUCGAUUGAUUCGUAAUUUUGACUACACCAGAGAUGAUAUGGAGCGUGAGUUUACGAUAGCAGCUUCGAGCCCUAAUGGUCAGGCAGUAGCUGUUGGCAGUUUUGAUAGAAUUCGUAUUUUCACGUGGAGUCCAAGGCAGAACACCUGGGCAGAGUCGCUGUGUAAAAGUAUUCCCAAUUUGUACACGGUGACGGCCAUUGCAUGGAGAAAGGAUGGCUCUCGAUUAACUGUAGGAUCUCUUUGUGGAGCUGUCUUAGCUUACGAGUCGGUUUUACGUCGAACAAUUUGGCAAGAUAAGUUUGAGCUAACUUUCGUUGCGCCAAGCCAGGUGUUGCUUAAAUCGCUCCAUGAGCCCACAAAUACAAUGAUUGUCGAAUCCCAAUUGGGGUUAGAGAUCGAUGAUGUUCGAAUUAUGGGAAAGGAUAAUUAUUUGGUUGGACGUACUGAAGACUCCCUAAUUCUGUGUGAUCUUAUACGAUCGUUGACUAGCGAGAUACCUUGGAUAGCAACUGGCAGGCACGAGAGAUUCUACUUUGAAAAUCCUACGGUAGCACUAAUUUUCAAUGCUGGUGAACUAUCUUUGGUGGAAUACGGAGAGAACUAUAUCCUUGGAUCAGUACGAACAGAAUUUGUCAAUCCUCAUGUUAUUUCAGUUCGCCUCAAUGAACGCGGAAAUUCUUCAAACAAUAAGAAACUUGCAUAUCUACUCGACAUGAAGACAGUUUGUGUUGUAGACUUGAUCCUACAGUCAACGAUCACACAAAUAACGCAUGACUCUAAAAUUGACUGGCUAGAACUGAGCGAAACUGGUCAUAAACUAUUGUUUAGAGAUAAGAAAAUGCGCCUUUUGUUGGUGGACAUUUUGAGUGGAAAGAAACAAACUCUCCUGGCAAAAGUAGCAUUUGUUCAAUGGGUUCCGUCAAGCGACGUAGCUGUAGCCCAGAGCGAUUCAAGCCUAGCAGUUUGGUACAACAUAGAUCUACCAGAACAUGUGACCAUCCUUCCAGUUCGAGGGGAUGUUUUCGAUGUCAUUCGAGAAGAUGGCAAAACAGAAGUUCAUACAAGGGAAGGCGCUUCAGAACACGUCUACCAUCUGGACGAAGGAUUGGUGGAGUUCGGAACGGCCGUUAACGAUAGUGAUUUUGGUAGAGCGAUAUUCUAUCUGGAAUCGUUGGGCGAUAAACCUGCUGGGAAAGCAAUGUGGCAUAACUUGGCAAAUAUUGCUCUUGCUCAGCAAAACCUACGUGUUGCCCAAAGAUGUUUUGCUGCAUUGGAGAAUGCAUCCAAGACAUUCUACAUUGGAGAAAUGAUCAAAAUUUCAGAGAAGUUCGAAGAGACUACCGGAAAUUCAGGUAUGAGUUGCCCAGAAGUAAGGGCCAGAAUGGCACUGCUUGGUGGAGAUUUAAGGUCUGCAGAGCGAAUCUACAUUGAACAGGGUGAUAUUGAAGCGGCACUCGAUAUGUACAAAAAGCUGCGUAGAUGGGACGAUGCAAUCAAACUGGCAGAACGUCGAGGGUAUCAUGGUUUGAAUGAAUUGAAAGAACAACAGAUGGAAUUCCUGCUGAACACGAACCAAGAGGAGAAAGCCGGUGAAGUGCUGGAGGAACGCGGAGAGAAGGACAAAGCAAUGACGUUGUACAUGAAAGCAAACAAGCCCGUGAAGGCAGCCAAGUUAGCUCUCAAAACUCCUCAUCUUUUGUCCAACGAGAACAUUGUAUCAAGAGUGUCCGCAUCACUAAUCAAAGCAGAAUUAUUCGAACUGGCGGCAGAGUUGGCGUACAGAACAGGACAACAGGAGAGUGCCAUAGCCCUUUACAGAAAAGGAGGAGCGUAUGCGCGGGCGAUUGAUCUUGCCCGGUUCGUAUCACCAGACGAGGUGACCAGCUUGGAAGAGGAGUGGGGUGAUUGGUUAGUAUCGAAGCGUCAACUCGAUGCUUCUAUCAGCCAUUACAUAGAAGCUGGUAGCACGGUCAAGGCUCUUGAAGCAGCGGUAGGAGCUAAACAAUGGCGUAAGGCUGUCCAAAUAGCUAAAGUUGUCGAUGAUCCGGAAGAAAUAAGGAAAUAUGCCGUCGAACUAGCAGAACAUCUUUGUUUGAUAGGAGAUGUGAAAACUGCUGAAGAGCUGUUAAUAAGAGCCGAAAUGUACAAGGAAGCAAUCAAUCUUUUGAACAAACACGGCAAAUGGGAAAAAGCGUUUGACAUAGCGGAGCAAUACUUGAAUACCGAUGACGUAAAGGACUUAUUUAUCAAUUUAGCAAAAGGUCUCGAAACGGAGGGAAAAUAUCGUGAUGCCGAAAAGGUCCUUCUGACUAUCAAUGAACCGGACAUUGCGAUCAACAUGUACAAAGAGUUGGAGUUGUAUGACUCCAUGAUUCGUUUGGUGGAAAGAUACCAUAAAAACUUAUUGGAACAAACUCAUGCUUCGCUAGCACAGCAACUAGAAGGGAAAGGUCGGUUCAAAAAUGCUGAAGUGCACUUUCUUGCCGCAGGAGAUUGGAAGGCAGCUGUCCAUAUGUACUGCAGUGCGAAUAAGUGGGAAGAAGCUCAUCGUGUAGCUAAGCAGAAAGGUGGUGAUGGUGCUUCCAAUCAGGUUGCAUUCAUGUGGGCCAAAUCACUUCCAAUAGAGGGAGCUGCACGGCUUCUUACCAAAAUGAAUUUGAUAGAUAACUCAAUUGCGUACGCUUGUGAGGCAGGUCAGUUCGACUUUGCACUGGAACUUUGUAGAGCCAGUGGAAAGCCGGCUGAUGAAGUACACUACAAGAUUGCAAUGGCUCUGGAAGAUGAUGGCAAAUUUACGGAAGCCGAAGCAGAGUUUUUGUUGGCAAAUAAGCCGAAGGAAGCCAUCAUGAUGCAUACUCACGGUGGAGACUGGAAGUCUGCUCUUCGUGUUGCAGAGAAAUACCUUCCUGAGGCAGUCAAAGAAGUGCUGCUCAGUCAAGCGGCAUCCGCUUUGGAGUCUAGAAACUACCCAGAAUAUGAAGCUCUGAUGAUUAGAGCUGAUAGACCCGAUUUGAUUUUGGAACAUUACAAAGAGUUCAACAUGCUGAACGAAGCGUUGCGGAUCGCCAAAGAGUACGUACCAUCUGCUUUGGCAGAGGUGCAGAAGCUGUAUAACAAAGCAAAUCGUGGAAGUGCUUCUAACGAUUCGAGGUAUCUGCUUCAGAAAGCAUCGGAGUGUGCAAGAGCAGAGGAAUUCAAGAAAGCUACGGAAUAUUUGUUGCAGAUCAACGAUGGAAACGCCGAUGAAGCAACUGUGGGUAGAGCUUUGCUUCGUGCGGCUGAAAUUUGCAAUCAGUUCUUGGAAGGACCGGAUGCGGCUGAGAUUGCUCGAGAACUUGGACCACGCUUGAUAGAGAUCAAUCAGAUUGGCCCCGCUGCCCAGUUAUAUUUGGCUGCGGAGCUUCCCCGUGAAGCGGUUGAUGUAUUUAUCAAAACCGAUAACUGGAACAAAGCACGUCGACUUGCAAAAGAAAUCGACCCGCAGUUGGUAGCCUAUGUUGAGGCCCAACAAAAGUCACGAUUGAGGAAUCAGGGCAACAUUGAACAGUUGGCGGAUAUUGAUAUCUUGGGAGCGCUGGACCUGCUUGCCGAGCAAGGUCAAUGGACACGAUGCAUCGAAAAAGCUAAACAGCACAGUGUUCCCGUUUUGCAGAAAUAUUUGGCCCAAUACGCAGCUCAAUUGAUUCGUGAUGGUGAUUGCAUUGCUGCACUCAAUCUGUAUUUAGAGCACGGAGUUCCACCUGUCGCACAAAAUUUCAACAUCUACAACCGAAUUGCUAUGGAGUGUUUCGCUUUGCGUGAGCCCGAUGGCAUCCAAAUAUGGAAAAAUCUACGUAAUUUUCUUCUGAAUUUGGUUCAAGCACUUCGUGGUUCAGAUCAGGCGGAGGCGGACGUUGUCGAUCGAUUUGAACAGUUACUCACAAUUGCUCACUACUAUUGCACUCGAGCGGCAUGUCGUCAAGCCCCAGCUUUGCAAUCGAUUGCCGUCAAGAUUUCCGUAGCAAUGCUUCGUCAUACCGAUUUCAUUCCAUGUGACAAAGGAUACUACGAAGCUGGAAUGGAUCUUCGUGGAAUGGGACGUGAAUCGGAAGCAUUUGUGAUUCUGAAUCAUUAUCUGGACGUCUGUGAAGCGAUCGAAGAAGGUUCUGGCAACCUGGUCGACCAUUCUGACCUCUCGUGCACGGAUUUCCCCAGUUCGGUCCCGAUACCGGCUGAGUUGCAUAUGAAAAAUGAGCUGAGCUUGCACGAGGAAAUCCGUGAAUGGGUGUUGGCCGUCAGUAUGGACCAGAAGGUCGAUCAGGUACUGCCAACCGAUGACCGGAAUCUUUUCGAGUCCAGUUUGGGAAUUUCGGAUCAGGCUUGCUUGGUGAGCGGUUAUCCGGUGAUGGGACGCCAACCCGUCGUAUUCCAGCGCACUCAUCGGUUGGCCAACAGAGAUGCCUGGAGUAAGUUGACGGUUGCAGCCAGGAUGGCACCGCAGACGGAUAUACCCAACGUGAUUGAGUUCAUCGAAAAAUGGUGCGGCCCAGCUAAUUUUCUUUCUGGAUAAAUAUAUUUAAUCAUCGAAUAUGACAUCACUAGGAUUGAUAUUAAACUUAAAGGCACGUUUGAAAUGUUUCGGCACAAAAUUUUUUUUUGAGAACUU